AUGAAUGGAGCACGAAGGCAAAUUGAACGGCAGCUUAAAGCAUUAGGAAUGGAUCCCGACAAGCGUAUGAAAUAUGCGAGUUAUUUGGCGGACAAAACUUUCUCCAGUCUUCACGAUGCAUUCACUAGUUCAAUGAAACUAAAAGACUGGUUCCGGAACUGUGCAGAAUCGAUUGUUAAAUUGAUGCAUACCGUGGAAUGGGUCACACCACUGGGUUUACCAGUCUAUCAGCCAUAUUUGGAAACAAAAAUGGAAGAUAACAAAGUGAAUGCAUUCCCACCAAAUUUUGUGCAUUCCUUGGAUUCUACACAUAUGAUGUUGACCGCACUGUUCUGUCGUCGGCUGGGUAUUACAUUUGCUGCAGUACACGAUUGCUACUGGACACAUGCCUGUGAUGUUGAGGUGAUGAACGAGAUUUGCCGCGAGCAAUUCGUGCAACUUCACAGUGAACCACUUGUGAAACAGUGCGGAGAGAAUUUUGGUUGUUUUGUACGAAGUGCGCUUGUUAUAUGA